AUGAAAAUUUUAAUAACCUUGAUUGUGCUAUGUGUUGUGAACUUUGAGCAGGCUUUUGGGUCACUAAGUGAAGAAGAUAUUCGAGAAAUAGCAGAUCUCGACGAUCAAUAUCAUUACAAAGAGUCGUUGCAGAAUAUUUUAAUCCCACGAGUUGUUGGAACGAAACAAUGGAAAUCUGUGCAAAAUUACAUUGUUCAACAAUUAAAAUUAAUGGAGCUAAAUGUUGAACUUGAUUCGUUUGAAGACAAUACACCAAUUUUUGGUCGAAUGAAAUUUGUAAAUAUUAUUGGAAAAUUAAAUCCAUCAGCGGAUCAUUUCUUGGUUUUAUCUGCGCAUUAUGAUUCAAAAUAUUUCCCAGAAGGAGAAUUUCUUGGAGCAACUGAUUCUGCUGUGCCUUGUGCAAUAAUGUUGAAUAUAGUCAAGACGACUUUACCUUACAUCAAACAGUUACUUGAAGGUAAGAAUUUGGGCUUAAUGCUUAUUUUCUUUGAUGGUGAAGAAGCCUUCUUGGAGUGGACCGACAGAGAUUCUCUUUAUGGUUCAAGACAUUUGGCACAAAAGUGGGAAUUGACACCUUAUAAAAAUGGAACCGAAAUUGAUCGAAUUAAUGUUUUAGUUUUAUUGGAUCUAAUUGGAAGUAACAACGCAAGAUUUGUGUGCACAUUUAGAAACACUUGCAAUUUAAAUACUCGAUUAAAUGAAAUUGAGAAAGUUUUAAAAUCGACGUCAUCCCUGAAGAGAAUUCCCAAUGGCCCGGCAAGUAUUUUCCUUAAAAGCUAUCGACAAACUGGUGUUGCUGAUGACCACAUACCAUUCCUUGUACGAAAAGUUCCUAUUCUUCAUCUGAUUCCACAGUCAUUCCCAGUUGUUUGGCAUACUAAAUAUGAUGAUGCACAACGACUCAAUCAACAAGCAAUUCUUAAUUUCAAUAAGAUUUUCAGAGUGUUUGUGGUUGAAUAUCUUUCAGAUUGUGCUGCUAAUCCAGUGUCAAGAAAAUGUAGAUUUAAAUAA